GACAUCCUCGUACCUUUGCCGAGAAAACAGUCGAACACUAUUCGUAUAAAAUUCUUGUUAUAGUUGGUUUUGUUUAAUAAGUAGAAUACAAUAAGAUUAAGAUGUAUGCACCAGCACCACCAAAUAUGGCUGGACCAGCAUCUGGUUGGACUCAUCAACAACACUACAAUAAUACCAUUGGUUCUGGUUUUUUUGGUCGCUACUUUUCUAACUUGUGCUUUGCCCUCUCUUCUUGCUUCUAUUUCCUAUGCUGCUGUUGGGCCUUGGAAGACUGUGUCGGCAGACGAAGUUGGGCUUUAGGCCCUCGUGAUCCUCCUCUAGGCUCAGGCCCAGGACCUUCAUCUAGCCCAUUUGCACCUCAACCUCCAGAUGUUCCCGUGGUGCUUCCCGGCCCACCCGCUCCAGCUGAGGGCCCUCUACUGUGAAUUGUGAUAAUCUACUUUGAAAUCAAUCUUUUUAAUAUUCAGUCAGGUACUUGUAAUAAGUGUUCAAUCAUGAAUUGAUGUAAUGCCAAAAAGAAAAGGAAAAAGUGCAACAUGUGCGUAAUAAUGUAUUUGUACUAUCAGCAAUGGCCGAUUCGAAGUUUACGGGUUUCUACAUAUACAUGAUAACUGGACCAACUUAUUGGGUUUCAAGUUAAA